ACUCGGUAACCAGGCACUCAGGCAGCUGAAGCCACCGCGAUGUGUUCCAUGAAUCCCUUGCUGCUAGCAUCAGCAUGCUUUGGCUCCUGGAGGGCACUGAGCUUUCUUCUCAAUAGGCAAGAUCAUUACGGGCCACCAACGGAUGCCGUGGCAGCCCAAGCAUUCACUGAAUUGCUCGAGGGCGACGACACCUCAAGCCCGCCGCCGCAGCAGGAAGCUUCUGACGUCGAAGAAGGCGCCGAUCACACGGCGACGACGGGGGCGUGGCCUCCUACUGCUGCACCGCCGCUUCUGGAGGGUGUCACCGUCGACGGCGACACGGCACUACACGUGCUGGCUACCUGUGGAGACGGCGACAUCUUCUUGAGGAGCGCUGACAUCGCCUACCGCCGGGCCAGCUACCUCCUGGCCGCACAGAACGGCAAGGGCGACACACCCCUGCACUGUGCUGCCCGAGCUGGGAGGCCCAGAAUGGUCGCUCGUCUCAUCGCUCUGGCCAGCGGCGGCGAGGACGGCGGGGGCGGCAGCGGAGAGAGGCUCAAGGAAGUCGUGAGGAAGGAGAAUGAGAGGAAGGAGACCGCCUUGCACGACGCCGUCCGGCAUGGUAGCAAGCACACGGUAGACCUCAUGGAGGCUGAUUCGGAACUGGCUUUGUUUCCUAAACAAGGCACGUCGCCAUUGUAUCUGGCCGUCUUGCUAGAACGCCUCGACAUUGCCAAGUCUCUGUAUGUCAUGAGUAGUGGGAAUCUUUCUUAUUCUGGACCUAAUGGGCAAAAUGCACUGCAUGCUGCUGUUCUUCGAGGCCAAGAGAUGACAAGAAUGCUACUGCGAUGGAACAUUGGCCUGACAACGCAAGGGGAUGAAAAAGGCAGCACGCCCCUUCAUUUCGCAACAUCAAUGCUGCGCCCAAAACCUGUAAACUACUGGAUCCACCGCCCUUGGAUCAGUGGUAUUUGGCAUCCAGACAUGCCAUUCGAACAGGUGCUGCAAGCCAACCUAGCCCCAAUGUUUCAGUCAGAUAACGAGGGGCUAUUCCCAGUGCACGUUGCUGCCAGUAUAGGAUCGAACAAGGCCGUUGUCAGAUUUCUGCACAAGUGUCCCAACAUCGCUGGGCUGCGUGACACUAGAGGAAGAACUUUCCUUCACGUCGCUGUCGAGAAGAAGCGAUGGCAUGUAGCCUCGCAUGCUUGCAAAACUCCGUCGCUGUCGUGGAUUUGGAACAUGCAGGAUAAUGAUGGGAACACUGCGCUACACUUGGCAGUAAAACUUGGGUUUCAGGACAUAUUUUGCUUACUCUUGGGGAACCUGCAGGUGAACUUAAAUAUAACCAAUAACAAUGGGGAAACUCCUCUGGACCUGUCGGAUAGUAAUAUUUGUGAUGGAUCUUUUUGUUCGUGGAAUCCCAGAUUCUUGAUCAACAGCGCAUUAAAGUUCUGUCAUGCUAAGCACGGUAACCGUCGGAUGGAUCACUUUGAAGAAAAGUGCAUUAAGCCACUGGAUGAGAAGGAAGAAUCAAAGAAGAUGACAAGUUCCACGCAGACUUUGGGCCUCGGUUCAGUGCUCAUGGCGAGCGUGGCAUUUGCUGCAAGUUUCACUCUACCUGGAGACUAUGGUGACGGUGGCAAGCCAAAUCUGUCUGGGAGGUACGUCUUUGACGCGUUCAUCGCCGCCAACUCGCUGGCGUUCGCUUGCGCCGGCAUGGCUACCGUCAACCUCAUGUACUCUGGGACAGCGAUCGUCGAUGUCCCGUUGCGCAUCUGGCACUUCGACAUAGCCAUGUUCUUCGCGUUUGGUUCCGUCACAAGUCUGGGCACGGCCUUUGCGUUAGGCUUGUACGUCACUCUGGCUCCGGUAGCUUAUAUGACUGCGACUGCGAUCUGUGUGGUGGCGUCUGUUGUGUCUCUCUGCGCGUUCAUGGACCCCUUGCGAGGCCGCGCAGUAGCAAGAGCGUUGUAUGCUAGAAUGGGGAAUCAGGCGUUGCUCAUUUUUGCACGCAUUAUCAUCCUCCGAGGAGCAAUGGUCUAUUGGCCCUUGGUAACAAGCUUCAUUUCGGCAGCGAUUUCAGCUAAACAUCGCCAGAAAUGAUCGCCAUCAAACAUACCUGGGACGGAGGUGAUGAAGAUAUGAAAUGGGAAAAUUAUGUUCCAUACGUGUGUUGUAACGGAAUGGAUA